UUUACCUUUGACCUCCUCGUGCUUGUGCAUUCGCACAAUUCGUGCAGCGUGCCUACUGACUUCGACCGGGUUGGAACAGGCUAAGUCAAUAUCUGCAUCAGCUUCUCUCAUACCAGGGACGCUGUUAGCUUCGUCAAGACCAAGACCAAGACCAAGACCAAGACCAAGACCUAGACCAGGACCAAGACCGAGACCAAACCAAAGACUAGUCCUAUCAGCCUGCCGCAGCCAGCAAGAGUCCCAGCGCGGCUCUCUUCACGAGGAUCACAAGACUCAGUGCGGUGUCGUGAAGCUCUCCUCUACCCUCACUCAGCUAACACCACCGACGCCGGCGACGAGGCGAGCAAAAUGGCCUACGACAGGUCCGGUAAGAAGGCCAUCAAGGCCGCGUACAGCGGCAAGACUGAACCCGAGCUCAACCGCAUCCAGCUACCGCAGACCAUCCCAUGCAACGGCUGCCACAAGCGCAAGAACCUCGCUGCGUUCUCGGAUAAGCAGAAGUACGAGCUGAAGCGCCAGAUCAAGGACAAUCCGCGCUUCGAUGCUACCCGCGCCGAGUUCAUCUGCUGUUCCUCAUGCACGCCCAGUCAGCGCGUCGAGUUUCAGUGCACCGACUGCGACGAGUGGAAGUCGCGCGAUAAAUUCUCCAAGGCUCAGCUCAAGGAUCCGGACAAGGCUGUGAGUGUUGUUUUCUUAUUACUACCUUCCUGCUUCACAAGAUAUGGUCAGUUGCAUGGUAUAUAAACAAUAAAAACUGCUGUUGCUAGUACAUACGGC